AUGCCGUAUACCACGUCGACGGCCUUCUUCGAGGCCAUUACCGACGCAGGCAUCACCCACUGCUUCGUCAACCUAGGCUCCGACCAUCCCAGCAUCAUGGAUGCCAUUGUCCGUGGUCAGAGGAAUGCCAAGGCCAAGUUCCCGCGCAUCAUUACCUGUCCCAGCGAGGCGACCAUGUCCAUGGCCGACGGCUGCGCCCGCGUGACCGGCCAACCGCAGUGCGUCAUCGUUCACGUCGACGUGGGCACCCAAGCCCUGGGAGCAGCCAUGCACAACGCGUCGGUCGGCCGGGCCCCCGUGCUGAUCUUCGCCGGUCUGAGCCCCUUCACUCUCGAGGGCGAGAUGCGCGGCUCGCGUACCGAGUUCAUCCACUGGCUGCAGGACGUCCCCGACCAGCGAGCCAUCGUGUCCCAGUACUGCCGGUACACGGCCGAGAUCAGGACGGGCGUCAACGUCAAGCAGAUGGUCGCCCGGGCGCUGCAGUUCGCCACGAGCGACCCCGAGGGCCCCGUGUACCUGUGCGGGGCGCGCGAGGUCAUGGAGGCCGAGCUGCGGCCAUACACGCUGCGCCGGGAGCUCUGGAGGCCCGUCGAGAUGGGCGGGAUGCCCGCCCACGCGGCCGAGGAGGUGGCGUCUGCGCUGGCGGGGGCCGCGACCCCCCUCCUCAUCACGGGGUAUUCGGGCCGCCAUCGCCUCGUCCCCGCUGCGCUGGUCCGGCUGGCCGACACCGUCCCCGCCCUCCGCGUGCUCGACACGGCGGGCAGCGAGAUGUCCUUCCCCGGAGACCAUCCGGCGUGGCUGGGCCUGAAGCAGGGCGCUCCCGAGGCCCUCGUGGCCGAGGCGGAUGUCAUCGUCGUCCUGCACUGCGACGUGCCCUGGAUCCCCACCCUGUCUAGGCCAAAGGCCGACGCGCGCGUCUUCCACAUCGACGUCGAUCCCCUGAAGCAGGGCAUGCCGCUCUUCUAUAUUGACGCCGAGGCCCGGUACCGUGCAGAUGCCCUCACUUCCGUGCGGCAGAUCACCGCCGAGCUGCAGCCGGGCCGGGCCGCUGCCGCCGCGCUGGCUGCCCGCAACCUGGAUGCCGACAGGGAGGCCCGCCGCGCCGCCUACGCCGCCAAGAUCGAGGCCAUCUCUGCCGCGGCCAGGCCUCGCGACGACGGAUCCUUUGGCGCGGGCCACCUCGGUUCCGUCCUGCGCACCGUCUGCCCCGAAGAUACCGUCUGGGCCGUCGAGGCUGUCACCAACACGGGCCACAUCCACAACAAUAUCCGCCCUACCAGGCCGGGCUCGUGGCUCAACUGCGGCGGCGGUGGUCUGGGCUGGUCCGGCGGCGCAGCCUUGGGCAUCAAGCUUGCCGUCGAUGCUCGGGCCGGUGGCAAGGGCCCCUUUGUCUGCCAGGUCGUCGGCGACGGCACGUAUCUCUUCUCCUUCCCCGGUAGCGUGUACUGGAUCUCGCGUCGGUACGGCAUCCCCGUAUUGACAAUUGUCCUGAACAACAAGGGCUGGAACGCCCCACGGGCCUCGUAUACCCUGAUCCACCCCGACGGUGAGGGAACCCGUGUCGGCAAUGAAGAGCUCAACAUCUCCUUCGCCCCCGUUCCCGACUAUGGCGGAAUUGCGCGUGCCGCUGGAGCCGGCGAUAUCCAUGCUCUCAAGGUGGAAGACUCGAGCGAGCUCGAGGCCGUGCUCGAGGACGCGGUGGCCAGAGUGCAGGCGGGAAUGACGGCAGUCGUCGACUGUCGCAUCGUUCAGGGAGGCUGA